AUGGAUGAGCAUCCAUACGAAAGUACUUUACAUCCUGGAAUGGAUAGACGAGGUUCCACAUGGUCAAAUGUAAUCGACUCACCCGCAGACUGGGCUACUUCGUUCUCAGAGGACUAUGAGGGCAUGGCAUGGGUGAAACUCUCUACCAAAUUGAGUUGCAUGGCUGCGGGAAUGCUGAAUUCUGCAUUUUUGCUGAUAAAGUAUUUGCAUAGCUUUGAGUAUUCUAUAUCACCACAUUAUCAGAAAAAAGAGUAUCAGCGGACUACGCUUUCUUCAUGGUUAACUCUGGCAGAAAUGGCGCUAGUUGCUAUAAGUCUUUUAAAUGCUGUGCUUGUGGUUUUACCUACAAAAUCGUAUCGAAUGUUCUUACAUGAUAAGAACUCUCCUCCACAGUCAUCACAUGCUUAUCUUGUAGACAGGGAUGUUAUGUUUGCCAGAGGAGUAAAGGAAUGUGUACGCGUUGCAAUGAACAAGUUGAGAAUAAAGAAGUCACAUGAGGAAGAAGAAGAAGAUGUUGUAUGGGAAUUGAGGAUUUGGAAUCCUUGGCAAUUUAACUGGAAUCUGUUCAUGUUAUUUUCUCCUGUGCAGUCUUUCGUUUUGUACGGCGUGAACGAAGACAAUUAUCAUUUUAUGAUACCGUUGGCGGCAUCAGCUUGUUUACAGUUAUGUUUUCUCGUUCAUUUGUAUAACGGUUAUACUCGUGACAGGAAAGCAUUGUACGAAGAAGUUGCCUACGAAUAUGACAAACAAUUUGUCUAUCCAAACGUUGUUAAAAUCAGGGCCGAAAAGCAGAUUCAGACCGAGGAAGAACAACCAUGGGACAAAUUUAACAUCAUAUCAAGCUCAUCAGAAAGACACGAUAUAAUGAGACGACUAGAACACAAAAACAGGAAACAGAGCACUGGAUUAUAA